AAAACCUGAGAUUGUGAUUAUGAGAGUUUUAAUAAUGGCGUGGCCGUGGCGGGGGGCUGCUGCUCUCUGCGCGUGUCCUGCAUCACAAACACACCUGUAAAUACCGACUGGGAACUUAUCAACGAUUAGAAAAGUAAUUUAAUGGUUAAAAUGUUACCGGACAGAGUGAAUCUCCGCUGAGCUUUAUAAACUGUGUCAAACUGCUGGAUUGUUGCGGGAAUUUCGUUGCCAUGUCGUUGCUGUGUGUCAGAGUGAAAAAAGCCAAGCUCCAAGGACCUCCAGACAAGUUCAACACCUACGUGACGCUGAAGGUGCAGAAUGUCAAAAGCACAACGAUCACGGUGCGGGGCGACCAGCCCUGCUGGGAACAGGACUUCAUGUUUGAGAUCAACCGGCUGGACCUGGGCCUUAUUGUUGAGGUGUGGAACAAAGGCCUCAUCUGGGACACCAUGGUGGGGACAGCCUGGAUUCCUCUAAAGAGUGUCCAACAAUCAGAGGAGGAGGGCUCAGGGGACUGGAUCUUUCUGGAUGCAGAGGUCCUGAUGAAGGCAGAUGAGAUCUACGGCACCAAGAACCCUACGCCUCAUCGAGUCCUGCUGGACACUCGCUUCGAGCUGCCUUUUGACAUCCCAGAUGAUGAGGCGCAGUACUGGACAGGCAAGCUGGAACGCAUCAACACCAUGAGGAUCCACGAUGAGUACCCUCUUCAGGAUGAUGUUCAGACUCGCCCACUGCCGUUUGCAGCCUCCCAGUGCUCUCUGGAUGACCAGGACAGCGCCGUAGAUGAUCGGGACAGUGACUACCGCAGUGAGACCAGUAACAGUCUGCCUCCGCGGUACCACACAACAGCCCAGCCCAACUCCUCCAUGCACCAGUAUCCCAUGGGGCCGCGGCAGCAGCACCACCACCCAGACUCCUGCACAGACUCCGUGCACAGUUUUGACCUGGACUACAGGGACCAGAGAGGAACCAGUCCAGUGGAAAGUAGUCGCUUUGGGUCAUCAGGAAACCUGAGUCAGACCAGCUCGCAGCUCAGUGAGACUGGCCACGAGAGUACUGGAGGGUCCGAACUGGAAGAGUCCUUCCACUCUUACCACAGCAGUAGCUUUCACCCCUCCACCAAUGGACAGCCACGCACCAAUGGACAUCAUCCCACCAAUGGACACUCUACUGUCGCUGAGAAGGAGAAACAUAGGAUGUCCCCUGAAGUAGGACGGGGCCUGAAAAGUGACACUCCAGCAGAGAGAGGGUCCGCUAAACUCCUAAGGUUCCACGAUGAUGGGGCGCCAUUACCCUUUUCCCCAUCCAGAGUUCGUUGGUUGAAGGCCAUCAAUAAAGUCAGAGUUCAGCUCCGAGAGGUUCGAGAUGAAGAACCAAAUGCUAGACAGGCUUGGGUCAAAUCAGGUAGCGGAUCUGGACUGUAUGGAAUCGACAGCAUGCCAGACCUUCGCAAAAAGAAGCCGAUCCCAUUGGUCAGCGAUGUGUCUCUGGUCCAAGCCAGGAAGGCGGGGAUCGCAUCAGCCAUGGCUGCACGCUCCUCCAUCAAGGAUGAGGAGCUGAAAAACCACGUGUACAAGAAGACCCUGCAGGCUCUCAUCUACCCCAUAUCCUGCACCACGCCACAUAACUUCGAGGUGUGGACUGCCACUACGCCCACAUACUGCUACGAGUGUGAGGGGCUGCUGUGGGGAAUCGCCCGCCAAGGCAUGCGUUGCUCCGAGUGUGGGGUCAAGUGCCAUGAGAAGUGCCAAGAGCUGCUGAAUGCAGACUGUCUACAGCGUGCUGCGGAGAAGAGCUCUAAGCAUGGAGCUGAAGACCGGACUCAGAAUAUUAUCAUGGCCAUGAAGGACAGGAUGAAGAUCAGGGAAAGGAACAAACCAGAAAUCUUUGAACUGAUCAGAGAAGUUUUUAUCAUCAGCAAAGCCAUCCAUGCGCAGCAGAUGAAGACCAUCAAGCAGAGCGUUCUGGACGGCACCUCAAAGUGGUCGGCCAAGAUCACAAUCACAGUGGUUUGUGCCCAAGGACUUCAGGCAAAGGAUAAGACAGGAUCCAGUGAUCCGUAUGUCACCGUUCAGGUGGGCAAGACCAAGAAGAGAACCAAGACCAUUUACGGAAAUCUGAAUCCUGUCUGGGAGGAGAAGUUCCACUUUGAGUGCCACAAUUCCUCCGACCGAAUUAAAGUGCGUGUGUGGGACGAGGAUGACGACAUCAAGUCGAGGGUGAAGCAGCGUCUGAAGAGGGAAUCUGACGACUUCCUGGGCCAGAGCAUCAUCGAAGUUCGAACGCUGAGCGGAGAAAUGGACGUCUGGUACAACCUGGAGAAGAGGACGGACAAGUCAGCCGUGUCAGGUGCCAUUCGCCUCCAAAUCAACGUGGAGAUCAAAGGAGAGGAGAAAGUGGCUCCGUAUCAUGUGCAGUACACCUGUUUACAUGAGAACCUGUUCCACCACUCCACUGAUAUGCUCGGCCAAGGUGUGGUGAAAAUCCCAGAAGCUCGUGGAGACGACGCCUGGAAAGUUUACUUUGACGACGUGGCGCAGGAAAUAGUGGACGAGUUCGCCAUGCGCUACGGGAUCGAGUCCAUCUACCAGGCCAUGACCCAUUUUGCCUGUCUGUCGUCUAAGUACAUGUGUCCCGGGGUCCCUGCAGUGAUGAGCACCCUGCUGGCCAACAUCAAUGCCUUCUAUGCCCACACAACCGCCUCCACCAAUGUGUCCGCCUCUGACCGCUUUGCUGCUUCUAAUUUUGGGAAAGAACGCUUUGUCAAGCUUUUAGACCAACUACACAACUCCUUGCGCAUUGAUCUCUCAACCUACAGGAACCACUUUCCGGCCAGCAACAAGGAUCGUCUGCAGGAUUUGAAAUCAACUGUCGACCUUCUAACCAGCAUCACUUUCUUCAGGAUGAAGGUCCAGGAGUUACAGUCUCCUCCCAGAGCCAGCCAGGUGGUGAGGGACUGUGUCAAGGCCUGCCUCAACUCUACAUACGACUACAUCUUCAAUAACUGCCACGAGCUCUACAGCAGACAGUACCAACCUGUUGACACAAACAAGGAGGAGCUUCCUCUGGAGGAGCAGGGUCCGAGCAUCAAGAACUUAGACUUCUGGCCCAAACUCAUCAUGCUCAUCGUCUCCAUUAUUGAAGAGGACAGGAACUCCUACACACCUGUGCUCAACCAAUUCCCUCAAGAACUGAACGUAGGGAAGGUGUCAGCGGAGGUCAUGUGGACAUUGUUUGCUCAGGACAUGAAGUACGCUAUGGAAGAACAUGACAAGCACAGACUGUGUAAGAGCACCGACUACAUGAACCUGCACUUCAAAGUCAAGUGGCUCAAUAACGAAUACGUCAAGGAGCUGCCAAGCUUUAAGGGCGUCGUUCCCGACUACCCAUCAUGGUUCCUACAGUUUGUGUUACAGUGGCUGGAAGAAAAUGAGGACGUAUCUAUGGAGUUUAUGCAUGGAGCCCUGGAGAGAGACAAAAAGGAUGGAUUCCAGCAGACGUCUGAGCAUGCUCUGUUCUCCUGCUCUGUGGUGGACAUCUUCACCCAGCUCAACCAAAGCUUUGAGAUCAUCAAGAAACUGGAGUGUCCCGACCCUAACGUCAUGGCUCAGUACAGUCGCCGCUUCUCCAAGACUAUUGCCAAAGUGCUCCUGCAGUACAGUGCCAUUCUGACCAAGAGUUUUCCUACUUAUAUCGACAAGGAGAAGAUUCCAUGUGUGCUGAUGAACAACGUGCAGCAGUUAAGGAUCCAGCUGGAGAAGAUGUUUGAGUCGAUGGGUGCCAAACAGAUGGACACUGAGGCCAGUGACUUACUGAACGACCUGCAGGUGAAGCUGAACAACGUGCUGGAUGAGCUCAGCAGGACAUUCGGGAACAGUUUCCAGAUCCGCAUCAAUGAAUGUAUGCGGCAGAUGGCGUCUCUGCUCUACCAGAUCAAAGGACCGCUCAACGCCAACAACAAAAACCAGGUGGAGGCCGACUCCGACAACAUGCUGCGACCACUCAUGGAUUUCCUGGAUGGAAGGCUCACACUGUUUGCCACCGUGUGUGAGAAGACGGUAUUGAAGCGUGUGCUCAAGGAGCUGUGGAGGAUCGUAAUGAGCAGCCUGGAGAAGACCAUCGUCCUGCCACAGGGCAGCGAUACCUUUGGAGCACAGAUUCUCUCGGCUGCUAAAGAACUGGGUCAGCUCUCCAAACUCAAGGAUCACAUGGCAGGCGAGGCCAAGAGCCUGUCUCCCAGGCAGUGUGCUGUCAUGGACGUGGCACUGGACACUAUCAAGCAAUACUUCCAUGCAGGAGGCAACGGGCUGAAGAAGGCGUUCCUGGAGAAAAGUGCUGAACUGUCCUCGCUGCGCCACGCUCUGUCCCUCUACACUCAGCCAACAGACACACUCAUCAAGACCUUUGUGACCACCCAACAGGCACAAGUGCACAAUGGAAAGGGUAUUAGGUUAACUCCCAAUGAAAAAAUACAGCCCAGCAGGGGUCCAGGCGUGGACAAGCCCAUCGGUGAGGUGUCGGUCCAGUUUGAGCUGCACACUCAUCCUGGGAACAAGGAGCGCAAAGUUUCUGUCAAAGUUAUUGGAGCAAACGAUUUGAAAUGGCAGACGUCGGGCAUGUUCCGACCCUUCGUGGAGGUCACCAUGAUCGGGCCUCACCUCAGCGAUAAGAAACGCAAAUUCCAGACCAAAUCCAAGAAUAACAGCUGGUCUCCCAAGUUCAACGAAACCUUCCACUUCAUUCUGGGUAACCAGGACGGCUUCGAGUGCUACGAGCUGCAAACCUGCGUCAAAGACUACUGCUUCGGCCGUGCAGACAGAGUGGUGGGCUUGGCCGUGAUCCAGUUAAAAGACGUCAUGGGGAAGGGGAGCUGCGCCUGCUGGUGUCCUCUGGGCCAACGCAUCCACAUGGACGACACGGGCCUCACCGCCAUGAGGAUCCUCUCCCAGCGCUCCAACGACGACGUGGCCAAGGAGUUCGUGCGGCUGAAAUCAGAGACUCGUUCGGCCGAGGAGGGAAGAUGAGGAGAGGAUCAGACAAAGACAGGAAGGAUGGAAGGAAGGAAGGUCUCCUGAUUUCACAAUAAGAGAGAAGGAGCUCAAAAAGCAGGGAAUACUUCCUCGUAGAUGGCCAUGAGGACUCUGUCCUAGACCUUUUUUGUGUCUUAGCUGCUGUUGACUGUUUGGUGACUCACUGUCACGUUCACACUCUGGGUAUUUUGGACAAACUGUGUUCAGUUAAACACAAAAUAUUUACCGAACUUCUGUUCUGUUCUGUACAGCACACAGCCACAUACACACCUGCUCACUCAACCUUCACACACACCAGCUGUUUCACCAGACAGUGACCACUUACUCUGUCAUUUAACCUCUUUUACCCCCCUCCUCCUCCUCUUCAUCAGCUGUAGAGGCUCAGUGUGCACGCUGCAGCCUCAUGGGAACAGACCAGUUCACAAACCUCCCCAGUGUUGUUGUGCAAUAACCCCAUUUAUUCCCCUUAAACCGUGGCCAUGUGUUUGAUGCCUUACGCUCUGCAAACUGUGAAUGUGUGAAGUAAAAGACCCCCUGUUCUGUAGCUCCACUGUGAUGGUUUGAGUAAAUGUGAAAACACUGUAUGGUUUAUUGCAUAAAGGGGGCUUUUGUUUGAAUGACUUUUUAAGGUUUAUGAGUUUUUGAAUAGAGCGGAAGUAAUAUUGUACUCAAGAGAAGGUACUAAUAACACUUAAUUGUACCCGUUAAUUUGAGGGAUUGUUCAUUUUAAAUGUGUGCCUUGCCAUAUUAACUUCCUGUUUCCCUGUACUUACUGUAGUUUUGGGGCCAAUGCUGAUAUCAGGGAGUAAAAGAUUUCACUCAGCCGAUAAGAGUAUAUCAUUUCCAAAUAACACAAGCAUUUUUUGUGCAUUAUAUUGUGUAAAAAAACUCCAAUCGGCGCAAUAAAGAUGUAUCUCUGAUAGGCCGAUACAGGCUUUAGUGAUCAUUUAGUGUAUAAUCAAAGUGGUAAAAUCAACAAAAAUGUGAUUUCCCUAUGAGAAAGUGUGGACACAAUGUUAAAGGUGAAUCCUUUUAUGGCCAUAUUUAUUUAUAAUAGCUCCUCUAACAACCCUCGUGUAACCAUGAUGGUGCAACCAUUAUUUAUUUUUUAUAUAUAUUUAUUUUUGUCUGUCCAUGAUUUGAUUGUUGUUUACUACUGGGGGACAGAAGAGAAGGAUUUGCACAGUCGGUUAUUCUGAACGAGUUGCUGCGGCAACAAGAACGAAGUGACAAACUGCUGUUUGUUAUGAAAUUAAUAACAAAGUUGGCGACUUGUGUCCUUGACUGACAAUAGUGAUAACUGUCUUUUUAGAAUUCUUCAUUUAUAGUAAUGAAAUAUGACAUGUUGAACUUUCAGGUAAAUACUUUUUCUUCCAAAAAAAAAAAAAAGGAUAUCUGAACAUUUGAACACGAGUGUAGAAUUACUUAUGGUUUACAUAUAUCUUCCUGCUCUGUCUUUGAGUGGCCUUACGUUGGGGAAAAACCAAUUAUGUGUAUGUUUUUAAUCUUUUUUUUUUAAAUCCUUGUAUUUCCUUUGGCUCUCAGUAAUGAGGAUCGGCCACUUUUUUGCCCAAAAUGAUGUCAAAUAAGUGAUGUUCCUUAUCAUUUUGUACUUUUUAUUGCAAACGUAACUAUAUCUAGGCUGGUUUUUCUUUUCAGUCUAUUUUAUGUUAUUUCAUUAAGUGUUUCCCUUCAAUCCUUUUUAAUAGUUUGGAAUAAUGUCAAUUAAAUUAUAUUUUAUGGGCAGGAGUUAUAUAUAAUAUGAGCAGUUUGCCAGUGAAUUUGUUCCUAACUGAUGGAAGAAUAUUAAAAUGUUACUUUUAACGAAGGAGAAUCUCAAUGUGUGCACAUUUUUAAACCGAUCACACUCUGUAGAAAAGCCAGAUCCCUCUUUGUUACAGUACAUUAUCCCCUGUGAAUACAAAUGUUUCAUAGCCAUUCUUUAAUAUAUAUGUUCCUUGUGCCAAGUUACAGGUGUUCACGUUUGAUCUUUUUUUUUAUUUCUAUGUUUUCUAAAUUUGUUAACCCUUGCACUAUCACUGAAUCACUGCAAUAGUUAACAAGAACAGUAUAUCAGUCACAGUAACUGGAUUUUUGUGGUGUUUUCUUUGUAUUGUCACUACUCUGAAAUGUUGUUGCCAUGUAAACAUUCCGAUUAAUGAAUUUUGUAUAAAGUAUUUGAGAAGUAUCUAUAAAA